AUGCAACGGCACUUCAUCUUGCAGAAGCGCGAGUUGGUGGAGCUUGCCACGCGCAUUGACCGCAACACCAAUGCCACAAUGAAGUUGAAGAAAGUGGAUCUGGUCUUUGCUGUGAUUGGCACCAUCAAGCGCAACGCAAGCAUGUCGCUGCUUGACCGGGCACCGCCGGAGAUCGUCCCAUACCUCAAGCCUGCACUGGACAUCAUGCUCAAGACGCCCUCCUACACACCCACACCCGGCCCAUCCACAUCACAGGCGGCAGCAGCGCCCGCCCCUUCGACAUCAGCUGCCACUUCAGCACCCGCUGCAACCUCAGCAUCUGGACCAGCACAAGCUACCAAAUCACCACAGCAGGCAAAUCAACAACACCACGCUCAACAGCAGCAACAGCAACAGAAGUCAAAGAAGCUGAAGAAGCAGGGGUCACGAACGGGCAGCGAGAGCAGUGACCAGCCACCAACCAAGCGCGCGCAUUGCACGCCUUCCCCAAAACAGAACCAGCAGCAAUCAAAGAAGUUGCCAAAGCCCAAGUCACCCACCAAGGUUCGUCAUUCCAAGCCAAUGCCAGUACGCACGACCUAUGGCAAGCCGAUGCACGAUGGCAGCUUCACGAAACCUUACUCCCCCGACACCGCGGAUGGCAGUCGCAAGCCAUUGUUUGGGCAGCAGGCACAACAGCAACAGCAGUCACAACAGCAGCAACAGCAGCAGCGGAGGGCGAGUGAUCUUGCGCUGGAGGCCACUGCCAUGACGAAGAACCCGACAACCGCAUACGAGGAUGCGAGUCAGCGAUAUGCGGAUCGCGUGACCACGCUGAUGAUGAACCAGGCAAUGGACGAAUCAAAGAACGUGCACGAGCAGGAUGAGGCAGAGCGAACACAGAAACAGCGGACGGAGAACGCAGCGCGAAACCCGUUUACAAAUCCGCAUUUUGCAUCAAGCAAACUCCUACCGCCAUGCAAGGGCGUGAGCCAUGUCACGACACUCGCGACAACGCAGUGCGACGAUCGGAAAGUGCUGAUUGAGUUGCUACAGCUUGAGGUGCGCUUCAACAAGUGGUACCGCGGUCCCGCAAUGGCCUUUUUCCAGACCAUUGGCAGGGCGCUCGCGGCCACAACCACACGUGAACAAGUCGUUGCGAAGCUCAAGGAGACGAUGGAGACUGUGCAGGCGUCGCUGCGCGUCAUCACGACGGAAACGCUGCCGCCGUUCCUGUCUGCGUUCCGCGAGUACAUUGUGGACGAGAACGGGGAGCUGAAGAAGGACGACCUGGCAGUGGCCGUGGAAGCGGCACAGCCCAAGAAGACGGUGAAGGAGGAAGAGAAGGAAGGGAGUGACAACAGCAGUGCGAAUGGCGCCAUCGGGGCGGCAGCAGUGGCAGCGACAGGCAACGCACCAUCAUCGGAUGACAGUGAUGAUGACUUUGUGGGCCCCAACGCCACACCAGCGCCGACGGUGGUCAAAAAUUAUGGUGAGGACGAUGACGACGACCAAGCAAAUGGAAACGGAAACGGAAAUGAUGCUGAUGAUGAUGAUGAUGACAUCAUCGUGCUUGAUUGA